AUGGCGUUGGUACCGGCGAAAUCCAAAAAACCGCGUACAAAACCACCGCGCGAGCGACCUGCGGCAACCUCCACGAUAUCUCAGCCCGCGGUCACAGAUUCUUCAUCUCUAACUUAUCUCUCUACAUUUUCGCCACUUGGGAAUCUAUUCGCUUUACUGUCUUUGGCAGUCGACAAGUCACAGCUACGCGUCUACGAUACUGACACGAGACAGUGUGUCGCCGAACACCUUGUGGAUGCUGGCCGCGUCACCUCGUUAUGCUGGGGUCGCUUUGACCCAUUGGAAACCCGAAAACAGGCCGGAGAGGACGACGUGGAUGCUCAGCAGCCAAAGCGGAAGCGGAAAAAGCGGAAGAGUCUGGCGCCUCCUGCGCCUCCUGCUCCUCCUGCACCCCAGCUGGUAGUGCUCGGUCUAUCAGACGGGGCUCUCGUCCUAUUCUCUCCUAUUCACGGACGCGUCGUGCGUACGUUAUCGCAUCCUGCAAGUAGUGCAGCUAUCCUGUCUGUCGCUGUUGACGAAACAGGGAGCGAGCACACAUCGUCGAUCUGGACUUCCAGUGCUGACGGUAAAUUCCGUCUAUGGGACGCAUCACAGAAUACCAUUUUGAGCACGUGGAACAGCGACGACCGGAAUCCGUACACCGCCCUAGCAGUGCGCCCUUCCAUAGAUGAAGAAGGUCGAACGGAUGUCCUCGUUGCGCACCACUCCAUGCGCCUGUUGUCCACGAUGACGGGCUCGUCCGAAUCUGGGAAACAAAAGCCAAAGGAGCUGGCGAAGUUUACUGGUCACGCUUCUGCGGUGAAGGAUGUGCAGUGGUGUAGUUCCUCUCUCUUCCUUUCCUUGGCAGAAGCAGACCGUUUCAUCUGUGCCUGGGACGUGCCCGAAUGCCAGGCAUCCGAGGGUAAGAUGGUCGCUUCUAUACCCCUUGACUCAGAUGCGCGAUGCAUAUCUCUGUCACCACCCUCCACUUCUGCUAUGCAUCAAGAACAAAUCCUUCUCGCCGUCUCCGCCUCUGGGAAAAUAUCCGUCUUCCCCCUUCCGUCCGAACUGAUAGAGCAGAGUCCUGUCAGGACGAAACAGAAGGUACCCACUCUCGUACCGAAGUCUAUUAUCUCUGUGUCUACCAAGAGCGACACCGUGGAAAUUGUUGCCGCCGCGUUCACGGGAGAAGAGGGACGAAUACGCGUAGCUAAAUUGGUCAACGGUAUUCAACCCGCAUUCGAUGUUGUCACAUACGUUAGUGAGGGUGGUGAUUACAUCAAAGACGUCGUGAUAUCUGACGCCAAUGCGGGGCUUGCGAGCGGCCCAGAAGGCCUAUUGGGCGCAUCUGUGCGGCGUUACAAUGAAUCACCAUCUCUUGCUGUCCGUUCAGGUGCGGAGCUAGGCCAAGACGAGGACAUGGACGACCUGCCGAUGCGCGACGUUGACGGCGAACUCGAUGCAGACCUAGCUGAGCUCAGCCUUGGCCAGCGGUUGACCGCGUUAACCGGCGUCGAAGAUACAGGGAGCCGGAGCACGAGCGACGAGGAAGACGCAUUGACGUCCACACAGAAACCAAAACGCGUUGACGCCGUGCAGGCCGUCCCUGCGAACUCACUCACCCGCACGCUCAUCCAGGCACUACACUCCUCCGAUGCAGGUUUACUCGAGACGUGUCUCGCGCAUUCGGACACCACGCUAAUACGCAAUACCGUGAGGAGGCUCCCACCGCAGCUCGCGGUCCCGCUGAUCACCGCUUGCGUGGAACGGCUGGGACGCGGAGCGCGCGGGGGCAACAUGAAGGGCGGCGGCGGCGGCGCGAGUUCACAGAGAGGUACUGCACUUAUCAACUGGGUGAAAGCUGUCCUCGCGACACACAGUGGGCACCUCAUGACUAUGCCUGACCUGUUGGCACGCUUGUCGGGGUUGCACGCGACACUUACCAUGCGAUUAGCGCUGCAAGACAGCCUGCUUGCUCUUAACGGACGGUUAGACAUGGUGGUUUCGCAGAUUGAGAUGCGUGCCUCCGGGCCACCGGCGCCAUUACCGAUGCCUAAGGGCAAGGGUAAGGAGACGCAGGGGCGAGAGGCUAGGCGGUACGUGGAGGGAGAGAGCGAGGCGGAAGAUGAGGACGAGCAGAUGGACGUGGAGGUGGAAAGCGGGGACGAUGGUGGCAGCGUGGAGGAUAUCGAGCUCGGUGGGAGCGAUGAGGAGGAGGAGGAGAUUCAAGAGGAUGAAGAUGAAGAUGACGAGGAUGACGAGGAAGAGGACGAAGAAGAUGAAGAUAAGGAGGAUGAUCUAAAGCUGAAUGGAUUCAUCGAUGAUGAGGCAGAGGAGUAUAGUGAAGAGGAUGACGAGAGCGAGUAG